UUGUUUCUUCCUGGUGCGAUCAGGAGACCCGGCGGUUCGGGCAAUGAGACAAAAACACCAGGGCUGGCGUGUUUAUCCGAGCAGGGUGUAGAGGAUUAGCAAAACAAAACGAAUGCGGGAAAAGGAGUCUAUAAUCAGGUUUUAAACUACGGAAUUAAAUGCCUUAUUUUUUUUUUUGCAAACGAGUGUUUAGUUGGUUAGAGUGUCAUCACUAAGGGAAUAGAGAGAUUUGGAUUGUGCAUUGGCCUGGAAACAUGAAACCUCACACACCACAACACCUUCUGCCUUCUGGAUUUACUCUUCUGCUGCUGGCUGUAACAUUAUCCCAGAGUUUGUCCAGUGAUGUAACGUCCACCACUUCAGCUCCGAGUCCCCCUUUACCCACCAGUGUCCCCGAAAGAGGGUCCUACAACAUCACCAACAAUGGCACUGUGUGCUUGUUGGCCAGCAUGGGACUGCAGCUCAACAUUACUUACAACUCUCGCUCACAGGGAAAGGCUGUUCAGGAGACCAUAAACCUGCAACCAAACCUGACCAGAACCUCUGGAUCUUGUGAGGCUGACAAUUCAAAGCUUGUACUCCUGGAGGGGAACACAAACCUGACUUUCACCUUCUUUUUGAAUUCUACAACUAACAAGUAUCACCUUAGUGAACUGGCGCUGUCGAUCAACUUGCCAGAUAUGGCUCAGCCCCUGAUCAUCACUAACCAUAAUCUAAGCUACCUUCAGGGUACUUUGGGCUACUCUUACAUGUGCCGUCAAGAGCUAAUCUUGGCCAUUGAGCAGAAUUUCUCCCUGAACACGUUCCAUCUGCAGGUGCAGCCUUUCGGUGUCAGUGGAAAUGAGUUUGGAGCAGCUGAGGAGUGUGACAUGGAUAAAGAUGACAUGCUGAUCCCUAUCGCUGUGGGUGCUGCUCUAGCAGGUCUUGUGUUAGUUGUGUUUUUGGCCUACCUGAUUGGCAGGAAGAGGAGCCAUGCUGGCUAUCAGACGAUCUAAACCUGCUCAUGUAAGCUUUCAAGCCAGAAUAUGCAGUCAGUGCUAAAUCAGUGGAUUCUAGUCCAUUAAAGCCACAUGUUUUUACCUGCCCUGCGCUAUUCUCAUGAUGCCAUUAUGCCCAUUGCCUAAGGUGAUCCUAUGACUUAUGGACAUUAAGUUUAAUUAGAACUGGGAAAUAGUUACAAAAAUAUUUAAUCUUGCACCACUCUAGGCAUUGUUUUUGGUGUGGGUUACACUUGGCAACACUGCCACUGGAAGACUUAGGUCUCAGAUAAAGCACAGACUAGUUCUCAAACUGACACGAAAUUCCUUUUAGAAAGAAAGAGUUUCCUUAAACAAACCCGAAGUUUGGAAAACUUAAUAAAGAACUUACCGCAAUGCAUGGCCAUAAUUGAGCACACAAGUAGGAGCACUGCUUAGCUGGUAUAAAUGAGUUAUUAGUCACCUAUAAAAGGAAGUACAUAACACUUCCCCUGCAUCUGAAAUGAUUCAGACUGUAAAUCAGGAUUGUAAGGAUUUUGUCAGAUUCAGAUCCAUGGAAAAUCCAGAACGAUUAAAUCUGCAUUGUAGUCAGCCUAUAUAUUAGCCCCCUAUUUGGAACAGUAUGAAAUUGCACAGGUUGCUGUAAAUAAUCUAAAUAUACUGUAUAUCCACCCAGUGAGAAGCAGCUGAAGCAAGAUGUGUGCUUAUAUGCAGUUGCUGAAAAAGGCUGCAUCCAUUUCGUUGAGAUUUUUCUCAGUACCUACUCUUAGACCUUAUUAUCCUCCACUUGAAGGUGUUCCAUUAAACAUGAGUAAACUGGUACUUUUCUUUCCAAUCUAUCUUUAUUUAUAAAGCUAACAAGCUUCUAUUUGUAGCAUGGAAGAGUCUGUACGGAAACACGGUUGCUUAUUUUCCUGAUAUUUAUAGAUGUAUUUGACAUGAUAGCUGACAACAGUGAAGUUCAUCUGUAACAAGUUUCCAAUCAUCAAUACACAUAGCUCAACUGUUAUUAGCAAUCUUUAAACCAUUUAGUGUUAAACAUCAAUGCUGCUUUCCCUCAGUUAGCAUGUUUUGGAAUGCAAGAAAUCAGUGGCCAAGUGAGGAUUUCUUAUAUAUUACUAAUAUCACACUAUGAAAGUACUGUUCACAAUAUGAUAACAAUGAUGAUCUGAUAUCAUUUUCAUACUGCAAAGGUGACUUUUUGAUAUUUACCAGUCUGAUCUUCAUUCUGCGUGUGGGACUAAGCAGCAUUUAAUGCUUUAUAGAAGGAGAGUGAGUGAGUGAGUGAGUAAAUAAGCAACUGAGUGAGUAAGUGAGUGUUAUAAUGAACUCUUACAUACAGUGGACUGAACAGAUGUAUGUUAUCUGCUUUUGCUCAUGCAGUUAAGAUGUUUCUCCUUAAUGUGAAAUGCUUUGGAAUAAUGUGUUUUGACUGAGGAUGAUGGGUUGCAAUCCAUAUCUAUCAGGUGUUGUAUAGCCGUAGAGAAUAUGCAUCUUCAUAAAUGCAGUGACAAAUAAAAAGGGAAAAAAUUGUU